UUUCUGUGUUGUUUUUUUUAUUUAUAAAUAUAAAAAAGGUGUUUCUUAUUGCUUUCAUCCAAGAUACCUGGGAGUUUGUUGAAAUUGUAUCACAGAUACAAUUGGAGCUGACAAUUAUUAAUAUAAAUAGAAAUAUGCCCCGAACGAGGAUAGCUCUUCGUCAGGCUCAGCGGCAGAAGGCUGAACGCGAAGAGAAACUACGCCAGGCCCAAAUCAAGAUGGAUUCCGCUCUGGAGCAGAUCGAUGAGAUGGCCAAGCGGUACAAGCAGGAGGUGGACAACCAGCUUAAGUUGAUCCGUGGAAGCACCGACAAGCAGCUGCUGCAAAUGAAACUGUCCGAAUUCGCAGCUUUAAAAAUUAAGAGUUUCGCUGACCAUAAAUGGACAGUUCCCAAGCCGCCAUCAUCUCGCAGUCUUUCAAUCAGCCACCAGCGCGGACGAACCCAGACUCCCAAGAAUUCGCAACUGCCUCGUCUGCAGGUUCAAUCGGUGGACAGGGCACUUCGAGGCGACACCAUGAGCUUUGUGCGAUGGCCAAGAGUCGGGGAACUGGUCCUCUCGAAGGCUGGAAGCCCGCUGGCCGUUCAAAUGCAACCGGAUCGAUGUGCCGACGUUCACAUUCCCACGAAAAGGGGUGUGAUUACAGUAAAGCCCCACAAGAUCAACACUGUGAAGCGGGAAGUACUGAUGCAAUUGGAUGAAAACACCCUCAAUCAAGUGAAGACUCUGAAUGCCAAUCUCGGACUUAUAGUCGAUAUGGCCACCAAGCUGGGCAGACUAAACCCUUAAAAACAACACCAACAAAAAAAAAAAGAUUAAGGGCCUUCAAAAUUAUUACGCUUAUUUCGUUAAUAUUUUAUUUAGUCUUUUUCAUUUUCUCAUUUUCAAUGUUUUUGUUCAGUUGUUAAACAUUAAGUGAACGUGUCUGUUGUUCUUGUUGCUGUUUUGCUGCAGUUUGCUUGCUUUUUGUUGUAUAAUUAAUUAAUAAAUUUAAUUACCUUUAUGUAUA